AUGUUGAGCAGUUGUGCUAGUUUCGUAGGGAAACACAAGGGUGUUCUUAUUACUCAGGUUCGGUUUGCUACAAAAAGGGCUGCCGGUUCUAGGACUUCUAUGAAGGACUCUGCUGGUAGAAGACUAGGUCCCAAGAAGUACGAAGGGCAACAAGUUAAUGCGGGGGAAAUCCUGAUGCGGCAACGUGGUACAAAGUUCUACCCUGGUGAGCAUGUGGGUAUUGGUAAAGACCAUACAAUCUUUGCGUUAGAACCUGGUUUUGUAAGGUAUUAUUUGAAUCCAUUUCACCCACAGAAGAAGUUCAUUGGUAUUGCUUUAGGGAAGGAAGCGAAGCUGCCCACACCUCAUUUUGAUCCACUUCCGAGACGUUUUGGGCACACAUUAUUGGAUAACAGAAGGGCAGCGGAAAAGGAGGAACAAUCGCUCCCACGGAAAACAUUUUUAUCGAAAGACUCUAUUCUUGCUGCUCAACAACAGCGUGAACUCAAGAGAAAAGAACUGAAGGAGGAUUAUAAGAAACUUGUCCAAGAAAAGAUGGAUCUGCCCGCUCACCAGGAAGAGAUUGCAUCGAGCUAUCUAGUUCGGUUAAAGAGAUGUAUUCGUAAUGGGUUUGCUAUAAAGGAUGCCCAAUUUUAUGCUAGACAUUGUUUAGACAUUAAUGCCCAACUUCAAGAACCAAACAGCAAGGUACCCGAGGGUAAACUGAACGAUAUCAAGGAGGUGUGUGAAAAUGUAGACAAAACAUUCUCAUUUACCAACAAAAAUAAAUUGUGUGGAUUCAUUUCAGAAGAACGUAGGGCAGAGUUACGGAGUCAAUUACUUCAAAAAUUGAAGGAGAAGUCUAAGACAUUGUUGGACGAAAAGGACUGCAAGGAACUGUUUAAACUGUUUGAAAAUGCCGACCAAUACCUAACUUUGGCAGAAGAGGUCCGUUUCAGAAGAAUGUUUUUAAAACCAAUCUUUCCAGAGACCCCAGACUCUGUUAUAGAACAAAAGGGUAAAAAAACCGUUGCCAUCAAACGGUUCAACUACAGCACUCAGAAAAUCGACAUCAUUCAUAGAACACCUAAAGCUUUCCUUAGCAGACUGUGA